CGAGCCCUGCGUAUUCCAUCGAGCAGUCACCCAGCAUGUCCAGCCGCGAGGAACCCGAACCUCUCGUCCUGAAGGAGCGCUUGCAGGCGACGUUCGAGCACCAAGUGUACGAGACACCCCCGGAACACCAUGUAACUGUGGCUACCCCCGAGUCUUCGUGGGUGCCGUCGAUGCCGCACUGGGCACCAACGCCGGAGCACGGGAACCCUGCGCUGAUCCGGACAGGCUUUCGAAACCCUUGGGCGAGCGCGGUCAAGCCGAAUGUCUGGCAGAUUUGGGGUGGUCUGCAAUGGGCUGAUACGGUGGAAAAUGAGCCUGUUAACGACCGUGACAACACAAGACAGACAGAGGGUGCCGGCUUCCCUGAUCCUGACUUGGAGAUAGACGUACAGAUCAUCGAAGAGAUCCAGUCCAGCCAUGACAAUUCUGCGGUACGGGCCACCUGGCUAGGACAUGCAGGCACGCUGCUCGAAUUGCCAACCCCUGAUGGCGACCCGGUCCGUGUGCUAUUCGAUCCCAUCUUUUCUUCGAGAUGCUCGCCGACGCAGUACUUUGGGCCGAUGCGCAUGUUUCCAUCACCAGUCACCGCUGCCGCUCUGCCGCCAAUCGACUUUGUCUUAAUCUCACAUUCUCAUUAUGACCACUUAGACCUCACGACACUCGCACAUAUCUGGGAGCUAAACAAGGGUCACGUCCGCUUCCUUGCACCGCUGGGGAACAAGAACUGGUUUUUGCGCAGCUCCGGCAUCGACGGUCUGACGGCGUCGGAUGUGGAAGACUUUGAUUGGUGGGACGAAUGUCGUGUGUCCAUUCCGUCGUCAGGGCAGGUGGGAGGGCCGGCAGAGCUUAGGAUUAUCUGCACGCCCGCUCAGCAUGGAUCAGGGAGAGUCGGUAUAGAUGCCAACACAACAUUAUGGAGCAGCUGGUACCUGAGCCUCUCGUCCGAAGUUGGCGUCUUUCGCGCCUUCUUUGCCGGUGACACUGGCUUUCAAUUCCACGACCCAUCACCACCAUAUUCAACUGCCCACAGCUCGCCACCUGCGGCAGCAGACGCUCGAUCAGUCAUCUACUCUGAUGCCCCACGCACCAUCGCGAAACCGUCCACAAGCGCGCCAAAUGCCACCCUCUAUCCUUGCUGCCCCGCCUUUGCCGACAUCUCUCGCAAACUCGGCGCACCCCAUCUUAGCUUGCUGCCCAUAUCCGUUGGCGCAACGCUGUCCUUUCUUAAAUCUUACGAUCCAUUCCCAUAUGCCCUCCAUGGCGGCUGGUCGCCUUUUCCGUCGGGGUUGGACGAGCGCCUCACCGCUGCGAACCACAUGACGCCGAGGGAUGCGGUCAGGGUAUUCGAUCUCAUGCAGAAGCCGACCCAACCGGGUACUAGCACAAGUGCGGCGCAGUCGGUCGCGCUAGCAAUCCACUGGGGUACUUUUAUCGCGGACGUGACCGAAGCUCAGCAGAGCUUGCGCAAGCUGCGCAAAGCAUGCAAAGAGUGGGACAUAGACUUUGCUCGCACAUUGCCCGCGCAGCAGACAAAGGGAAAUUCGACCGCAAAGCAGGACGAUUCCAACACUGGGAAGCUGACAUUUGUCGCGCUGAAUGCUGGUCAGCAUAUCGAAAUGCACUUGCGAAUGGAAUAGCAGUUUUUGGCCUCUGCGCAUUUUGAUGCUUGGUCUUUGCGGCUCUCGUCAUGAGGAAGAUGAAAAUACCUUGAGUACCAAAGCCUGUGGACUUAUGCCUGCGGUCUUAUCUAACAAAGCUCAAUUCCCCGCUUGCGCAUUGCCGUUGCGCUGGUCUUGCUGCCCCUUCUCCUGCGCCUUCAUAUCGUUCUCGCGCCCGAUGAUGCCAAGGCUGAGGAUGCCUCCAGUCGCUCUGAGCUCGCCUUCGGUGCGCGCCUCUUUUGCCUCCUUCGCUUGCCGCGCCAGGUAGUGUUCCUGCAGCUGCUUUCCUCGUGCGAUCUCUUUCCCGUGAUGCAGGCAUUCCAUGUAGUCAUCCUUUUGGGCGACGCAGUCGGAUGGCGAGUCGGCAUUCGCAUAG